UUACCUGUCAAAAUAUCACGCGAACUACGUGCUAAGCAAAACACGUGGCGUAUACGAUUUUGCCACUGUUUUUCUCUCUCUUCUUAUUUUCCCGGAAAAUUUUCUGAAUUGGAAUUUCCCCAAAUUUUUUUUUCUCGAGCCAAGCCCAGGCCCUUGCGUCGAUAAUCAUUCCUUCGAUUCUCGAUCCAGAAGAAAUUCCUUUUCCGAUCAUGGAGGUCUCUCUAAUCGCCGACGCCGUUUCCGUAGCCACCUCGCAGGGCCUAGGGUUUGCAAUUCGCCCUAAUUUCUUGACCUCCAAUUCUUCCUUCGAUCAAUUCUCGUCGUCUGCCGGAGUUCUCCAAAUCUCAUCUGUGAUAUUCCCCGUUGAUGCACUCGCUCCACCACCGGUGAAGUCCGAUCCGUAUAAGACAGCUUCCCGGAGGCUGCUCCGCAAGAAGCGCCGUGUCAGGCGGAGAUCAGCCGCCGGCGGCGGGGACUCCGAGGACGGAAAUGAGGGCGAAGACAGCGGGUUCUUCGGCGGCGAUGGUCCGUUCUUCGGCGGAGGAGGAGGGGGGUUCGGUGGCGGUGGCAGGGGAUGGAAUUUCGACAGGUUCGGAGGGCAUAAUUGGGACGAAUCCUCGUCCUCUUAUCCCUCCGAUCCGGCUUUCGACUUCGUCUAUGAGGUGAUCUCGUGGAUCGCGCUCUCGAAUUGCGUGCACUUCGCGUUCAAAAAGGUUGCGCGGAUCGUGGCCGGUGGGAUCGGCGACGCCGAGAGGGAAAAGGUACCGAUGAGACUGACUUCUGUUUGUUAAUUGUUGUUGUUGGAAAUUUUUUCAUUUCCCGAUUGGGUAUUAUCAAAACUUGAUAUUGGAAUUUGUAUAUAAUUGUACAUAUUUUCAUUGUUUC